CUAUCUUAAGAAGUGUACCUGCACGGCAAACUCAUAGCUUGAAUAACUCAUUAGUCUUAAAGUUGCCAGUGCCACCGCACUCGAAGUAUUUUAGUAGCCAGUAGCCUUGGUCUUUUGGUAAAAUUCUACCGGCCCACUAGAUCCCGUAUUGCGCGCAACACAGCCCGGAGGGUGGGGCACGGAGCAGACGUCUAUGCAGAGAGAAAGCAUGCAACCUCCCUCCGUUCUCCAAAGAUAGCCUUGCUGGGAGCAGAGGAAACUAUAGCCCACCGCUUGCCCCGUUUGCGCCCUCCUCCGGCACUACCGCACAGCUACAAAGCGGACAUAGGAGAAGCGCGAGGAGCAAAGCUCCGUAGCGAUUGGCUGGCGGCCGCGCGGGCAAGCAGAAGCAACAGAACCCGCCUGUGGGUGGGGCCCUCACCUUUGCGCGCCAAAUUCGUUUCCGAGGCCCCGGCUGGCCAUCAAGAAAGAUUCUUUUUGUGGGUUUUCUGCGCUGCCGCCAUCAUGUACUCGGUAGUCCCCGACUAUUCACCGGGCUUCAAGAAGCCACCCCGGACGCUGCGUCUGAAACGAAAAAGGCUUCGGGGGAACCAACCGGUCCCUUCCACCAGGCAGCCCCCCACUGCAGCCGCUUCCAGCCCCCUCGGAAACCCCGCUCUCUUCCCUCGGCCUUUUCCUGGCAUCCGCAGGCGCAACCCCUUCUCGAGCCUGGAGAAUACACUGCGCUCCCUGCUUCCACCAGGGCCCAGCCAGUGUUUCUCUCCCACGCAGAGAGUAGCGGAGAACGAGCCCUCCUCUACUGGGAACGACCCACGCACCGGCUCUGGCGAAGAGUUCUUGAAUGGUCUUCAGGAAGACAAGGCCAUUGGGAAAGAAGAGUUUUAUGUAACAUCAGCUCCAGCCUCAAUCGAUGACUCGCAUCAGACUGCUUCUCAUACUGAAGUUUCUUCACCAAGUUACGAAUUUCCUGCAGAUUGGAGUAUUAAAACUCGUCUGCUCUUCAAAUCUCCCCAUUCAUUUGCAUGGGCAGAUCAUUUAAAAGCACAAGAAGAAUCUCAAGGAUUUGUCCAACAUUGUAGAGCCACAUCAAUAAACUUGCCCCAAAGUAUUCAGGAACCAAAACUCUCCACAGAACUUCGAUGUGCUUUUCAGCAAAGCCUUGUAUAUUGGCUUCAUCCCUUUCUGCCAUGGCUACAGCUGUUUCCUCGUAUUGGGGCAGACAGAAAAGUCACUGGAAAAUAUAGUCCUUGGUCCCAUGAUGAAGCACUACAGCAAGUUCUUAUGAGUGAAUGGUCUUUCAGUUUUACCUCACUUUAUAAUCUGCUAAGAGCCAAACUGUGUCCCUAUUUCUACGUUUGCACUUACCAGUUCACUGUGCUGUUCCGUGCAGCAGGGCUUGCUGGAAAUGAUAAGAUCACUGCACUGAUUUCUCCCACAACCAGAGGUUUAAGAGAAGCCAUGAAAAAUGAUGGUAUUGAAUUUAUUUUACCUUUCCAAAAAAUUAAAAAAAGAAAAUAUAAUUCUUUAGCGUCCAAUUUAGAAACAGGAGUUACUGGUGGUUCAGAGACAACAGGCAAGGAUGUUGAAACUGAUGAGGAACAGGUGUUAAGUAGUGGUGAUGAUGAUGAAGAGGGAUUUUCAUGGUUGGAAGAGAUGGGUGUUCAAGGCAAAAUUAAAAAACCAGAUGUAAUUAACAUCAAACUCUGUAAAGAAAAAAAUGAGGUGCAACUAGAUCACAAACCUGAAUCUGUUGUACUAGUGCAAGGAGCAAACACAUUCACUUUACUUAACUUUCUGAUGAACUGUAAAAGUUUAGUGGCUUCUGCAGGCCCUCAGGCUGGAACACCUCCAACGUUGCUAUCUCCAGUUGCUUUUAGAGGUGCAACAAUGCAGACACUCAAGGCUCGAAGCAUAAAUGUGAAAACACAAGUUCAUUCACAGUACAAAGAUAUAUUUAGCUUGGAGAUUGUGGGCCCCAUCAUGCCACAUUCUUUACAUUCUUUGUCAAUGCUGCUCAAAAUUGCUCAAAGGGGAAACUUUUCUGCUGUGUGUUACACACAUGAGCCAACAGCAGUGUUCAAUACAGACACCAGCAAUGAGAACAGCAUAACAAAGGAAUCCAAAGACCUUAGUAGGACUGGACUGCAUCCCAACACCUUGAAUCAACUGGCACUCUCUUCAGCAUUAGGGAAGUCUUAUAUACGGCUCUUAGAAAUGAAUGAUUACAUCUAUACAUGGAAAUCCUAAAUAAACAAUAUCACUCAAACAAGUUGCUACUGGCAUUCUCUGAACAUCAAGCUGCUGUUAUGUGUAUCUAAAACAGAACUGCAGGAAGAUCAUCUUGUUUGAAAACUAGGCUACUUCUACAUUGGGUUAACUUUCAUAGUGAAUUGAUUGGGCUUCACUAUUCUGUGUAGUUUCAUACCACUGCCUCUUUAAAGCAAACAGCUACAUUUGUAUUUUUUUAAAUUAAACUUCAUAAUGAGAAA